AUGUCAACGAGCGGCCGUGGGCAUCCGACAAUAAAGCAGGAAGCUAGAUUCGUAGUCUUAGACAUUGUUGAUCCAUGAUCUUGGAAUAGAAAAGAGUCUUUCCUCCGACUCCUGCGAAGAUUUACCAGACAUUCUGACUCCCGUCUGCUCGGUUUUUGAUGGUGAGUAUUGCUCUAAUAAUUAUAACGUCUUGUGGGGGAGUUCUGCUGAUGCUUCAAUCACACUCUGUCUUCACCUCCACCACACGACACUAGGCUAUGCCACAAGGGGGACGAGGAGUCAAGCCGCUGAAGACUCCAGGGCCUGGUGCACAUUUCACCCCUGUUGAGAAAGAUCACAGACUAGUUUGGGGAGCAAGAUGGAGCUUCCCUGGAAGAGGAGACUGUAUCUAUUUUUUACUUUCGAGCACGACGAGGAACAUCAUGUUUUACCGCAAAUCAUGAUGAGUGUGACGUGGAUGAAGUUGAAGUCAACAAGAAUUUUUACUGGCACUAAUGAAAUCUUCAUCUACAAUAGAAAAUACAGCUGGCCUAGUAAAGGAGGGCGGACCACUCGGUGCCUACGACGUGGACAAACUAGCACGCACAGGGCCAUUGACUGCGCCUUCGUGGACCGUGAAGAGUCGAAUACCAGUGAAAGAAGGAUUCCAAUUAUGUCUAUUCCACGUAGUGAUCUGCUAGUAGGUUGAAUGCAAAAAAGAACUACUUUUCUUGUUCUCGUCAUCGACAUCUACAACCACUUCUAGAAACACAAACUGAAGAUUUCCGAAUACUUGCGCCUAGUGCGGCUGCAGGAGCGCUUUAUACCGUUUUAUAUCAUCCCAGUACUCGUCAAGCUAGCAAUGAUUGAGACGUAUGGAUUUUGCUCCUCACUGUGAUGAUAGAGAUAGAUGCCCCCUCUAACCCCCUCUCCUGGGCCUGCGGCUUACGAUCAAAGCGGGCAUAAGAAAAAGCAGCUAGGCGAAUAUGUGUAUUGGCCCACACAAGGAGAGGAGUGCAGUCGCAACAUCACACGUAAGCCAGCCUGGAGCUUCAGAACAGCAUGGAGGGCACAAUAAGUAGAAAGAAGCACGACCAUGAUCUACAUAGAGGUCUAGGUCUAGGACUCUAGACUAAGAGACUGUAAGUAGCGGUAUUAAAAGAGCCCUAAGAACACAGGAUCGCAACUAUUAUGUUUAUUUCGUCUAACUUGGCAGCAGAAGUUUAUCACUCUUCACUAUUAUAAUAUACCUAUAAAGUCUACAUCUUCUUAACCAAAGCAUUGGCAAGUCGUUCUUCUUAACAUAACAAGCAUUGGUCUCCCAGUUGGCUUAAUUGUAUUUGACGCAUCUUCCUGCAUUUGUAGUUCUCCAACGCCAUAAUAUGCUAAAAUCGCUUCAACAUAAAAAAAGAUGAACUUCACACAUAAAAUAAUGCCAGUAUGAUCACAUCAACAAAGGAACUCUCCAGAUAUAUUCAGCCUACUACAGGAAAAAUUGUUACAAACCUGCUCAAGGAAAAUGAACAUGUUCAUGAUGAUGUAUGAUUAGGACUAGCAAACACUCCCUCAAAAACUUCAACACAGCCUGCAUAGAAAAUAUUUCAUCAGCAUUCACGAUACACAUACUUCAAUAUUUCUAAGGCCUGCAUCGAGAUCCAUAGCUACCAUGCUUUCACAUUGGAAGACUCCAACACCCGUGUCCCCGACAA